UUAACAGUGAUCCAUCAGCUGGCCGUCUCCCUCUCGCACUCCGUUUCGUUUCGGAGCCCUAGUUACGAUCGUCGAUCUCGAACUCAAAAGUGAAGUUUCUGGUCGUUUUUCGUGCUUAAGUGGCUGCUUUAUCUUCGUUCCGACCCUUGAAUUUGUUUGAAGCUGGUUGCUGUGACAAUGGCGCGAGUGUACGUUGGGAAUUUGGACCCGCGGGUGACGGAGAGGGAUCUAGAGGAUGAAUUCCGUGCUUUCGGUGUUCUUAAGAGUGUCUGGGUUGCUCGGAGGCCACCGGGUUAUGCAUUUAUUGAGUUUGAUGAUCGAAGAGACGCUCUAGAUGCUAUUCGUUCGUUGGAUGGAAAGAAUGGCUGGCGUGUGGAAGUCUCUCACAACAAGGGUGGUGGAGGUCGUGGCGGUGGGCGUGGACGUGGCUAUGGCGGAGGUGAGGACUCCAAGUGUUAUGAGUGUGGUGAACCGGGUCAUUUUGCAAGAGAGUGUCGUGGGCGCGUCGGUUCGAGAGGCUUGGGAAGUGGACGGCGUAGGAGCCCUAGUCCUCGGCGUCGUAGGAGUCCAAGUUACGGUAGAAGGAGCUACAGCCCUGGGGAUAGGUCUCCUCGUCGCCGCAGUGUCACACCUCCUCGACGUGGCCGCAGCUAUAGCCGGUCCCCGCCACAUCGCCGUGCUCAUCGUGAUUCCCCAUAUGCCAAUGGGGCUUAAGGCUGCAUCUUGGUAGAAACCCAUGGCUUAUAUUAAAUGGAGUCGCUAAUUGCUGAACCUUCGGCUAUGUAGCCUGGUUUGGAUGAUCGAGUUACGUAUGUUGCUGUCCUGAUGGUGAAGUUAGUUAAAAACUUGGAUUCACAUGGCUUCUACAAGUAUUUUAGCAAAGGGUGCAUAGAUGCCACAUGUAUUUGGCUCGGUCUCUUCAGCUACCGAAACUUUGAAGGUGUUUUUCAUACUUAGUUUGCCAUGUUCUGAUGCUUACAUGCUUAUGUUACUUUGUUUGGAGUAAUUCUAAGACUUUUGCAUGUU